UUUCCUUCAAAAUUUUCAAAAUUUUAUUAUUAUUAUUAUUUUUUUAUUUUCUAAAUUUAACAUUAUUAUUAUUAUUAUCAACAGUCAUCACUGCUCAUCAUCAUCUCCUUUUUUCCCUCUUCUUCUUCUUCUUCUUCUUCUUCUUCUUCUUCUUCUUCAUCUUUCUUCUUCUUUUUCUGUGUCGCCUUUUUCUGGUUUCUGGUCUCCAAUUCCCAAUUUCAAACCCAUCUGUUCCCUAAUUUGUUUUUCCUCCCCCAAUUUUCUCGAGAAACAAACACAAUUUCACUUGGGGGUUUUCAAGUUAUACGAAGUUUAAUUUUGAUUUUGAAUUCUUUCGUUGUAAAGGGUUUGUAGUGCGACCCUUUUAAGAGGGUGUUUUCUCUGUUUUUUUUAUUUUGUUUAUUUUAAUUCCAUUUUUUUUUAUAUAAAAAAUUUCUUCUUUUUAGCUUUUUGAGUUACCCUAAAUGUUUGAGCUAUGGACUUGACUCCUGCAAUUUCCACCGCCGCCGCCACCAUUUCUACCGGUGGAGGAGCUGUGAAAUCCCCCGAAUUAGACACUGAAACCCCCAUCAAAAUCCAACCCACCACCAAAUCUCACCCCUUCACUAACGGCGUCCUCAAGCGCCACCACCACACGCCGCCGCCGCCUCCCCAGGUGGUCUACAAAGAAUGCCUCAAGAAUCAACCCGCCAGUUUGGGCGGCCAUGCUCUAGACGGCUGCGGCGAGUUCAUGUUCCCCACCGCCACCGCCACCGAUCCCACCUCCCUCAAAUGCGCCGCUUGCGGCUGCCACCGUAAUUUCCACCGCCGUGAACCCGAGGACCCAAUCGCUACUCCGACGACAACCCAUGUCAUUGAGUACCAACCAUCACGCCACCACCCGCCUCCGCCGCCUGCGGCGGCGGCAUCCCACCGGAGCCCGAGUUCCGCCUCUCCUCCUCCGAUCUCCUCCUCGUACUACCCUUCAGCUCCGCACAUGCUUCUGGCCCUCUCUGGUGGGCUUCCGGAUAACGCCGGCAGCGGCGGUGGAUUCCACCACUCGAUUCUGACUCCGAGCCACAAUUCGAGAAAGCGAUUCAGAACGAAAUUCACUCAAAAUCAGAAGGAGAAAAUGUACGAAUUUGCAGAGAAAGUGGGAUGGAAGAUUCAGAAACGAGACGAGGAUAUGAUCCAAGAAUUCUGCAGCGAUGUCGGAGUAGACAGAGGGGUUCUCAAAGUUUGGAUGCACAACAACAAGAACACUCUCGGGAAAAAAGACGGCGGCCGGAACAUCAACGGCAGCGGCGGCGUUGGGGACGGCGAUGAGAAAAUUAACGGCGGUGGUGAGCCACACGCCGCCGCAAAUGGGUCAUCUUCUUCCUCUUGAUCUGAAUAAAUUGUUCGAUGGAUGUUAGAGAGAAUAUCAGAGAUAGAAGAGUAAGCUUUUUUUUUUUUGCCCUCUUUCCUUUUUUUUUUUCUCCCCCAAGUUCAUUUUCUAAUUACAUUUCAAUAUCUAAAUUCCCACUCCAAAAUAUUUUCUCAUUUUGUUUUUAAUUAAAUUAACGAGAAGAUCACCUUGAUAAUAUAUGCUGAGAAUUUAACAUGAGGAAUAAUAUAUGUAGUUCAUCAUCAUCAUUAUCAUUAAUUCAUCUAAUUACUUUAAUUAGUUUAUUAAUCAUUUUCCCCUUGUCGCCUAAUCUCAAGGAUUUUAAUAAUUAAACAAGGAAAUCAUCUGGAAAUCCUGAAUGGUAUUAGUAAAUAAGCAAAUCUGUUCUUGAUCUUCUCUUUUCCAAAAUAAAUAAAUAAAUAAAUAAUGUUAUUAAUUGUUAUGAAUCUGAUUUAGAGAGAGGAGAGAGAUAUUUCUUCUUAUCUUCUGUCUGAGAGAAAGCAGCAGAAAGUGUUUUGGUUCCUGUAAAUUAUUCUAGACUAUCCCUAAGAUUUGAACAGCACAGUAUUUCUUUUUCUUUUCUUUUUUUUUU